UUGAUCCAAUAUGGCAACUUUCAAGACAGCAGCCAUGUUCUGGACAUAGUCUAAAAGACUGCCCCCCUCACCAAUUAUUUAUCGAGUGUAUUGGGUGUCCUGAGGCUUUGGACUCACCUUGUAUUUAUGCAAAUCUUCUUGACAGACUUGAAGUGACAGCGCUGGSCUGGUUACCGGCUGCGUGUCCACAGUGUGGUGUGUCCCCUCCGAGCAGAGAGCAGAGGACAGACAGGAGAACAUCAGUCGCCUGAGGAGCAGUUACCACAGUCGGCUCAGAGCAUCCUCCUCCUUCUCGGCCCGUCAUCUCUUAAUCGUUYAACAUGACGGAUCCAAAUCUCACAUCGCCCUCCAGGACCCCGCUGCGCUCCCCACACACCCCUCUCAGCCUCUCUUUCCCCUUCCCGAGGGAGGGGAGCCGGCUGUGGGAGGAAGGACAGGAGCCUCCCCUUCCACGGGAMCUGCCGAGCCCACUGCCAACCAAACGCACCCGGACCUACUCAGCAACGGUUCGCGCUCACUCAGGUCCGGUUUUUAAAGGCGUGUGUAAGAACUUCUCCAGAUCACAAGGCCAUGGUUUCAUCCAGCCUUCCCACGGUGGCGAGGACAUCUUUGUUCACAUCUCAGACAUCGAUGGGGAGUACGUCCCGGCUGAGGGAGACGAGGUCACGUACAAAGUGUGCCGGGUCCCGCCUAAGAACAUUAAGGUACAGGCUGUGGAGGUGAAGAUCAUACAUCUGAAGCCUGGGACAAAACAUGAGACCUGGUCUGGACAGAUCAUCAGCUCAUAGGACCUGAGCACUCAGACACUCAGGGUCACAUAUCUGCUCUGGGACUCAUUCCUUUCUUUGCUCUGUGCAAACAUGUUCUCUGAGAUGUUUUUUAAUUCUGCACAGUAAAGUGCUCAAAGUUACUGAGGGGGUAAAAUUAAAUAGUCAUUAGGGAUGAACUGUUCUGUUUAAACUGGCUCUAUUUUGGACCAGGGGUGCUACCAAGGGCUGGUCCAAGUAGGGUAAUGGCCCCCCUCCUAUAAUUUUCUGUUUGCUCAUAAACCAGCUAAUCGACUUUAGCYACCACAAUAUCUCCGUAACUGUGUCUUUUACACAUAUUGAGUCAGAAUCAGGUGUGUUUGUAGAUGAGAACCCUUUGAGACCUAACAGAUUGUGCAAGAUCUUUGUUUGAAACUUUUGCAUGCAAGGCAGUGGGUGAUGUGCAUUAUUUCAARGGAUGAUAGUUUUAAUUACAAAUGUGAAUUUAGCAGAAGAGAGAACAAGUUUCGGUUCAGAAUUUCCCUUAUACUCACAUUGCAAUAUUUGUAAAUAAAAAAACAACAACAUAAUAUUUCAACAAUCAGCUUUGGUAAGCUAGGGUUAGAGCAUCAAGCUCCCCACCUUCAGCUGUGGCGACUAGCAUGGCCCCUCCUGCAGUGGGUGGGCCAUCAGGAAAGCAAAACUAUGUAGCUCAUUCAGGCUGAGCCUAACUUGGCCUCCUGGGUAAAGAUCCAGUCACCAGGUGCUCGCAGACAAGCUCCUCCCCCAGGCCUGGCUCCUGGGUGGGGACUUUAAAGCGUUUGCUGUCUUCUGUCCAUACAAGCACUACAAAUCAUUCUUCGUGUGGCCUGUCACUUACAGGACCAAUCUGCCUUGGGAGACCCUACCAAGGUUGAUUGCUCCCAACUAUUUGCAGAUGAUGUGGUCCUGUUGGCGUCUUUGUGCCGUCAUCUCCAGCUCUCACUGUAGCGAUUUCCAGCCUGUGAAACAGUUGGGGUGAGGAUCAGAACCUCCAAAUCUGAGGCCAUGGUUGUCAGUCGGAAAAGGGUGGAUUGCUCUCUCUGCGUUGGUGGUGAGUUCAUGAGUGAGGGAAGAAUGGAACGUGAGAUGUUGAUAGAUGGAUCAGUCCUGCUUAGGCAGUAUUUUGGACUCUGUACUGGUCUGUUGUGGUGAAGAGGGAGCUAAUCUGGAAGGUGAAGCUCUCUUUUCAUCAAUUGAUCUGCGUUUCUAUCCUAACCUAUGAUCACAAUCUUUGGGUGAAAUCCGAAAGAAUGAGACUGCAAAUGCAGGUAAUAAAGAUACGUUUUCUCUGAAGGGUGACUGGAUUCUGUUUUAGAGUGAGACGUUAAGCUAUCCAGGAGAGACUCAGAGCAGAGCCGCUGCUCCUCCACAUCUAGAGGAGUCAGUUGAGGUGAUUCAGGCCUCUGGCAAGGAUGAUCCCACCAUGCCUUCCUAGGGAGGUGUUCCAGGCAUGUCCAACUGGGAGGAGACCCCAGGGAAGACCCAGGACAUGAGGAGAGACUAGGUCUCUCAGCUGGUCUGGGAACACCUUAAGUCCUCUUAGAAGACAUGGGUGUGGAAAAAGAGGUCUGGACAUUUGUGCUCGUGCUGCUGCCCCCUYGACCCGACUCCGAAACAAAUGGCAGAAACUGAAUUUCUGUUUAUAAUGUAACUGGGUCUGGGAUCAAACAUUAAGCAUGUUUCCAACUAAACUUUAAACUUGAUUGUAGCACAGAUGUAACACGACUAACGCUGAAUUUAGUUCUACUUCCCUUUUUUAGCAGCUGUUUUCUGUUCUUCAAAGUUUUCACAAUCACAUGUUGGUUGAAAGUGAGUCAGAUGACUUAUUGUAACCUGCACUGUUAAUGAAGAGCAGGUUUCAGAAAAAUGAGUAGAAACGCUGCAGGCGAUAGUGGAUGUGAAAGAACACGAUUGCAAGAUUACAGUUGAAAACAAGCAAAACCACAAGUACUUAAAUCCUCAUGAUCACCUUUUGGUUUUAGGUCCUUUAAAAAACAAACAGCCAAAAGAAGAGGGGUUUGUAGUAAAAAUGAAAAGUCAUGUAAAUAAGURUGAAAUGAAAGUUACUGUAAACUUUAUAAAAUGUGCUUCAUCAUAAAACUGUUUUUCAGAUAGUAAAACCAGCUGCUGUCUUUUCAGAACUUUAAGCACWAAAGAUCAGCAAACAUCUUCCAUAAAAUGCAAACCCUUUACUGUAUUAUCUUAGUAGUUCUGUUUAGUUCAUAUAUGUCGUACAGGAUUUAUGUUUUUAGUACAGUGAGAAAUAUGACACUUAACUGUGAAUACAUGAGUCUAGACAUCACAGUUAAAUUUGGGAGAUGAAUUCCUGGAAAGGAGAAGCAUCUCGAUUGUCCAACUUGUCUCACUAGAUGUAAAUAUUCAGAUUGAACAAUGUUCUGYACCUUUCCAUUCCACAGUCUCUACCCAUCAUAUCUGUCAGUGUCACUGCCUGUAAAGGUGUUUCUGUGUGAAUUUCUGAGGACAAAUUCUCACRCUGUCACAAAAACUGAAUUUUGAAAAAAUAAAAUAAAACAAAUAAAAAAACUAAGUAUAA